ACUGAUUAUUUUGUUUAUAGAGUUAAGUUUGUACUGGUAAUUUACUAAAAUGAGCACCAGUAACGAAGAAGAAGUUUUGUACAUAGCCAAGAAGCUCGAUAAAAUGGUUUCUAAAAAAUCUGCGGAUAAUGCCUUGGAUGUCUUGAAGGCUCUGAAACAAAUUCCAAUAAACUUAGACACACUGCAGAAAACUCGUAUUGGUAUGUCAGUUAAUAAUAUAAGAAAACAAACUGCAAACGAUGAGGUUGCAAUAGCAGCAAAACAACUUAUAAAGGGUUGGAAGAAGUUGGUUUCAGAACCCAGUUCAGCGUCAAAGAAAUCUGAAGAUAAUAAAAAAAAGGAAAAACCCGAACCAAUAAUAUCAACCAAUAUCCGAAAGACAAGCACAACAAAAAUGGAAGUUUCUGCUUCAUCUCACACAAUGGACACCUCAUCACUUCAAUCCACAGGAAAUUCCGUUCGAGAUAAAUGUCGUGAAAUGUUGGUACGAGGAUUGCAAACAGAUAAUACAUCGGGCCACAGUGACCAACAAUGUGCAUUUCUUGCUGCUGCUAUUGAAGAAGCUAUCUACUCUGAAUUUAAAGAUACAGGAGUGAAAUACAAGAACAGAAUACGAAGCAGAUUUAGUAACUUAAAAGACACCAGAAACUCCAUCCUUCGACUGAAUGUUCUCAACGGUAUUCUUAAGCCAGAACAAAUCGCCAAAAUGACCGCUGAGGAGAUGGCGAGUGACGAAAUGAAAAAGAAAAGAGAGGAAUACGAGCAACAGAACAUCAAAGAUCAUCAGAUGUCUGUCAACGAAGGAACGAAGACUGACAUGUUCGUAUGCGGUCGAUGCAAAGGACGGGCAUGCACAUACAAUCAGCUGCAAACGAGAAGUGCUGACGAGCCCAUGACAACUUUCGUCUUCUGUACUGAAUGUGGAAACAGAUGGAAAUUCUGUUAAGACUUUAUCCUACUGUUAUACUUUUUGUUUUUUUUUCUUAUCGGCCAUGAACCCACGGCAAAAUGGUGACGAUCUUGCUCACUUGUCCCAGUCGACUUACCAGACAUUUUAAUUAGCGUUAUUUAUGAAUGCCACUAAAUUUGGAUCUCUUUGGUUUUACGAAGCACCUGGUGCCAUAACUUUACUUGGAAAUAAAAUAGAAUGUGCGGUUUGUUUGGCAUCGAAAUCCUGCGACAUCAUAAAACAAUUUAAACUGG